AUGACUCGACAAAAUUAAGUCAUCUUUUUAUGUCUUUCUACUGACCUAGUUAAAACAUUGUUGAAUCGAGCUAAUAUCAUAAGCGACUUGAGAAAUGGAAAAAAUUGAUCUUACAGAGCGUCUUUUGGAGGACAUGGGCAAUCUGUGCCUAAGUGAAUCGUACGCAGAUAUGGAAUUUGUCGUCGAGGGGGAGAAAUUGCCGGCGCAUCGCGUUGUUCUGGCCGUACGCAGUGAAUAUUUCCGGGCCUUGCUUUAUGGAGGAAUGUCGGAGUCGACACAAUGUCAAAUAAAAUUGGAUGUGCGUCUAGAUCUCUUCAAGCUGCUGCUGGAGUAUAUAUACACGGGUAAUUUGUCGAUCGCCACACUGAAGGACGACGUGGUUAUAGACAUGCUAGGCACUGCGGAUCAAUACGGAUUUCACGAUCUUCAGCUGGCCAUUUCCAAGUACUUAACACAAUCCUUGACAUUGAAAAAUGUUUGCGUAGUUUUGGACGCUGCCCUUUUGUACAACCUAAAAGACUUGACUGAAGCUUGUCUAUCGUUUAUGGACGGCAAUGCGUCCGAUCUUCUACAGGAGGAAUCAUUCAACUUACUAUCCCAGGAAUCUUUGGAGAUGGUUCUGCAGAGAGACACCUUUUACGCCCCAGAAGGAGAAAUAUUUCAGGGUGUCUUAAAGUGGAGUCGUUCUAAUAAUGCUGUAGACACCGAAUCGCUAUGGGAUGCUGUGCGACUGCCAUUGAUUGGGAUUAACGAUUUGCUGGAAGUCGUGCGUCCCUUGGAAAUUCUGGAUCCCAAUAAACUACUUGAUGCAAUCUCCCAAACGCGUUCAAAGAUCUUGCCAUAUCGUUCGCAUUUAAUAUUAGAGAAGAAUGUGGCUACUGCUGAAUAUUCUGCAAGAUGCACUGAGGGUGUUAACUGUUCCAACUUGCUUAAUGGCGAUGUGAUUAACUAUACUAAGCACACGGGUUACACGUAUCACACCAUCUCGGAUGGGAAGGAUAAUGCGAUUGUAGUUGAACUAGGCGCCAUGUACAACAUUAAUCACAUCCGCCUUUUGCUGUGGGAUAAGAACUUACGUGCAUACUCCUAUUUCAUCGAGGUCUCUGCCGAUAAGCUCAAUUGGGAACGUGUCAUCGACUAUAGCCAGUACCAUUGUAGGUCUUGGCAAUACUUAUAUUUUGCUGCACGGCCUGUUCGUUUCAUUAAAAUUGUGGGAACCUAUAGCAAUACGGUUCAGAAUUAUCGUCUUGUCAGUUUGGAAGCCAUGCAUGCGAUCGAUGUACCAAAGCUUAUUGGACAUUUUGUGUCACCUGUAGAUAAUGUGGCUACGAUUCCAAUGCAUGCUUGUGUUAUAAUAGAUGGCGAGAUAAUUUGCAAUACUCUCAUAGAUGGAAAUUUCUUAGAUUGCGAUGAAGAAGUGAAUGAACACGACUACACUGAGCACGAAUUGGGCAUGGAAGGAAUUGUCGUUCGUCUGAGACAGCCCUAUCAUGUGGGAUCCAUCCGUUUGCGGUUGUGGGAUCGCAGCGAUGUUACUUACAAAUUCUAUGUUGAGACGUCAACAAAUUGUAAAGACUGGGAGAUGGCUGUGGACAAACGAAAUGAGGAAGUAAGAUCCUGGCAAAACUUUCAUUUCACUCCUCGUACUGUUGUCUAUAUACGCAUAGUGGGCACAGAUUCUUCGGAUGGGGCAUCGUUUGCUUGCAUUCACUUUGAAUGCCCCAGUCAGGAGAUCGAGUAGUGUUUCACCUACUUGUAGUCUGAAAUUUUUCUAAGCUUCUGUAUGAUCAGUUUUUCAAAUAAACUAUG